AGAAACAUGAAGAGUUAAAAGGUUCUACAUUUCUUCUUAUUCAAUUGUUGAUAGUCAAAAGAUUUUGAGACAGUUGAGAUUUUUACUACUUUUAAGAAUACACAAUGAGUGGGGAUCGGAGUGGACAUUCAAAACUAGUAACAAACUGUUGGUGGUGGGAUGGGCUUUUGCUUCUCUGCAAGAAAGUACUACAUGUGCUCUUUUGUAAAAUUUUAAGAGGAGAGAUGGAAGAUGGUGAUUGGACGAUGGUGCAGAAGAGAGGGAACCAAUUUGUGGUGAAUGGCCAGCCUUUCUAUGUGAAUGGAUUCAACACUUACUGGUUGAUGGUGUUUGCUGCUGAUCAGUCUACGAGGGGAAAAGUUACUGAGGUGUUCCAGCAGGCAUCUGCUGUCGGUCUAUCAGUAUGCCGGACGUGGGCCUUCAACGAUGGCCAAUGGCGUGCUCUUCAGAAAACUCCUGCUGUUUAUGACGAAGUUGUUUUCAAGGCUCUAGAUUUUGUGGUGAGUGAAGCCAAGAAAUUCAAGAUUAGGCUGAUGCUGUCACUAGUCAACAACUGGGAAGCAUAUGGUGGCAAACCCCAGUAUGUAAAAUGGGGUAAAGCUGCUGGGCUGAAUUUGACUUCUGAUGAUGACUUCUUCUCUCAUCCCACACUCAAAAGCUACUACAAGGCUCAUGUAAAGACUGUGCUGAAUAGAGUCAAUACCUUUACCAACAUGACAUACAAGGAUGACCCUACUAUUUUCGGUUGGGAACUGAUGAAUGAGCCGCGCUGUGUGUCAGAUCCUUCUGGGGAUAAACUGCAGGCUUGGAUAGAAGAAAUGGCAGUUUAUGUGAAGAGCAUAGAUCCGAAGCAUUUGCUGCAGAUCGGACUAGAAGGUUUCUAUGGUCCCUCGACUCCUAAUAGGGCUCAGGUCAACCCAAACUCCUAUGCUCAACAAGUCGGAACUGACUUCAUUAGACAUCAUCAGGUUCUUGGAGUUGAUUUUGCUUCAGCUCACAUAUAUCCAGACUCUUGGAUUUCACCAUCAAUCUCUGAUGCUCAUAUUGAAUUCACCAAGUCAUGGAUGCAAUCACACAUUGAUGACGCAGAGAACUAUCUGAACAUGCCAGUCGUAUUUUCAGAGUUUGGUGUUUCUGCAAAAGACCCGGGGUACAAUUCAACCUUCAGGGACAAACUAAUUGGUACAGUUUACAACACAAUCUUGAAUUCUACUAAAAAGGGAGGAGCUGGAGGUGGAAGUCUUUUAUGGCAAGUCUUUCCAGAAGGAACAGAUUACAUGGAUGACGGAUAUGCAAUAGUACUUUCCAAGUCGCUUUCAACCUCAAACAUCGUAUCUCUUCACUCUAAGAGGCUAAAUACCUUCAAUUCCCGCUGCUCAUGGAAAUGCCACUGGGGUUGCAAAAAGAAACAUGUCCUAGAUGACUUCCAACUUCAUGAAGAGCUUUAACAUGUUUAAGAAGGUAUGCCAAUGUUUGCGCGACCCUUGAAAGACUCCAUAUAUGUAUCUUAUGUGUAACAUAAAUCAAAGUUUGUCAUACAAGAAACAACGGUAAGCCAGAGUAUGUGCACAAGGAUUGCAGAACGCCAAUAAAGAAAAGUUAAUAUCUAUAUGUAAAGUAUGUUCUUAAAGUUAAUACAAGCUGCCUUUUGUUGCUGAUA